AUGGCUUCGACAACUCCGUUCCCAAUCGAUAACCUGCCAUACGGGGUCAUUUCUACUGUUUCCGAUCCCACUCCACGAUGCGCCACAGCUCUAGAAAACGAUGCCAUUGACCUGAGCGCGUUGGAAAGAGACGGAUUCUUCUGCUCUGUUCCUGGAUUUGAAGAUGCGGUAUUUUCGCAGCCUACCCUCAACGCCUUUGCUGCUCUCCCCAAGUCUACCCGGGCCCAAGUUAGGGAUCUUUUAACAAAGCAUCUUGCCGACUUGGAUACUCGCAAGAAAUAUGCCGUUCCUCUCUCUACCGUCGAGAAUCACUUCCCCAUGGAAACGAAGAACUUUUCCGACUUCUAUUGCUCUCUCGAACAUACCCAAAACUGCACCGAGAUCAGCAACCGGGCCAUUCCCGAGAACUGGUUCUACGUUCCCAGUGUCUACAAUGGUCGAACAUCCAGCCUACGCGUGUCCGGGACCCCUGUCCGCCGGCCUUGGGGAGUCUUCCGAGAAUCUCCCAGUUCCCAGCCAAUCUUCUCUCCGACCCGUCGCUUUGAUUUUGAAUUAGAGAUGGGUGUUUUCCUCUCGAAGCCGCUUCCUCCGGGGGAAAUCCUCGACAUUCAAAACGCGAGCGAGUACAUAUUUGGCCUGGUGAUUCUCAACGACUGGUCAGCGCGAGACAUCCAGAUGUUUGAAAUGCCACCGCUCGGUCCCUUCCACGGCAAAGGCUCCGGGACGACCAUCUCGCCUUGGAUUGUGACUUUAGAGGCGCUGAGCGGGAGUCUCUGUGCUUCCACCAAAGUCCAGGAUCCUGCGCCGCUGCAUCAUCUAACCUGGAAGGGAGCCAUCGACGAAGCAACGUUUGACAUAGAGUUGGAAGCCAAGCUUUUGCGAAAUGGCAAAGCCUACGUGAUCACCGAGACAAAUCUGAACGAGCUUUACUGGACGCCAUACCAGCAGCUCGCGCAUUUAACUAGUGCUGGAGAGGGCUUAAGCGUGGGAGAUAUAUUUGGUACAGGAACCAUCACAAGCGCCCGCACCAACUCCGACGGCGAAAAUACCGGCAUUGCAUGUUUAUUCGAGCGCACGAUGCCGCGCAACGCACUUGCCUCUACCAAAGCGGAUGGAAUCGUGUACCUCGAUGAUGGCGAUGAAGUCAUUAUGGAAGGCUGGUGUAUGAAUCGUCACACUGGGCGACGGUUUGGGUUUGGCCAGUGUAGUGGUGUAGUCGUUCCGGCCAAGGAGAAUGCCGCUUGAUAUCAACAUACUUCCUAUCAACAGUGGCUUU